AUGUUUACUUAUGGCUUAGCAUUUGUUUUUAAUAAAUGAGUGCAUUAACAUUUGUGUUUGUUAUUAAUGCAGUCUUCGCCCUUUUUGUAGCUGAGUGUGCCUUAGAAAAGGCAAGCUCCUCGUCUUCCAAUGAAAUAAGAUUUCAGGCGAAGACCGUUCCUAAUGAGUUUAUUGUUACCUAUUAUUCAAAAUACUAUACGAGCGUGCGGAUAUCGUUCAUCCAGAGAAGGCUGUCGAAGGGAAAUGCAUUGAAGUGGUCAAUUGUACCACGUCACAAUUUAGCUGCGCAAUAUCCAAGCGACUUCGACAUCUUACAUAUCUCGGAUUCCAAUGGCACUUCAAUUAAAGAAACUCUCAGCAAUGUGAAGGCUCAUCCUGCUGUUAAAGCAGUAUUUCCUCAACAAUAUGUCCAAAGAUGGCUCUCAUCCAACAAUACUGAUAGUUCCAAUUAUAAUACUCGCCAUCUCCGAGGAGUUCCUCGGGAGAAGCGCGUGAGGGCCGGAAAUGCGCAGCACGUUUCGGCGUCUUUGCACGCGGACGUGCUUUGGAAGCUGGGGAUUACCGGAAAGGGUGUUCGGGUUGCUAUUUUUGACACCGGUUUGACCCAGAAUCACCCGCACUUUAGAAAUGUCAAAGAGCGAACAAAUUGGACAAAUGAGAAAUCAUUGGACGACGGCGUUAGUCACGGUACUUUCGUGGCAGGUGUGAUAGCUUCCUCAAAAGAAUGCCUCGGAUUGGCGCCUGAUGCUGAAUUGCACAUAUAUAAAGUUUUUACAAACUCGCAGGUAUCUUAUACUUCCUGGUUCCUAGAUGCUUUCAAUUAUGCCAUUUACCAAAAAGUGAAUAUUAUCAAUUUAAGUAUUGGCGGCCCGGAUUUUAUGGAUUUGCCGUUCGUCGAUAAGGUUUUAGAGCUAUCAGCAAAUAAUAUAAUAAUGGUAUCGGCAGCAGGCAACGAUGGUCCCAUUUACGGAACUCUUAAUAAUCCGGGUGACCAAAGUGAUGUAAUCGGCGUAGGUAGCAUCAAUUUCGAUGAUAAAAUUGCCAGAUUUAGCUCUAGAGGAAUGACAACCUGGGAACUACCAUUAGGCUAUGGAAGAAUAGGAUUGGACAUUGUCACGUAUGGUAGCCAGGUUGAGGGCAGUGACGUCCGCAUGGGCUGCAGACGGCUAUCAGGAACCUCCGUCUCAUCACCAGUUGUUGCAGGAGUAGCAGCUUUACUUAGAAGCGGGGCUUCGCAUAAAAUAGAUUUAGUUAAUCCGUCAUCCUUGAAACAAGUUCUUGUCGAAGGAGCUGAAAGGCUGCCAAAUUAUAACAUAUUCGAGCAGGGACAAGGAAAGCUUAAUUUGUUGAAAAGUAUGCAGCUGCUAUUAUCGUACAGGCCCAAAAUAAGUUUAAUUCCGUCUUCGCUUGACUUUACAUCGAACUACAUGUGGCCGUAUAGUAGUCAACCCUUAUUUUAUGGCAGCACGGCCGCAAUUGUUAAUGUUACAAUUCUUAAUGGGAUAUCUGUGACUGGAAAAGUUCUUGGCCAACCAAAAUGGAUACCAGAUCCAGACAAUUUUGGGCGCUUCCUCAACAUUUCAACAUCAUUUUCAAGUACAAUUUGGCCAUGGACCGGUUGGAUGUCACUCUACAUUGUUGUUAAUAAGGAAGCACAGAACUAUGAAGGCAUUGCCAAAGGACGUUUAAUAUUAUUGAUAGAAUGUGUGCCAAUUGGUACAAAUAAAUCUCAGCAAAGUGAAGUAGAUUUACCUCUCACAAUAAAAAUAACACCAAAGCCGCCGCGACAUAAAAGAAUUUUAUGGGACCAAUUUCAUAGCUUAAGAUAUCCGCCAGGUUAUAUACCAAGAGACAAUUUGAAGAUUAAAACUGAUCCACUCGAUUGGAGGGCAGACCACAUUCAUACCAAUUUUCGAGACACGUAUAUACAUUUAAGGAACUCUGGAUAUUAUAUUGAUGUCUUAAGGGAACCAUAUACCUGCUUCAACCCACUUGAGUAUGGGGUGUUGUUAAUCGUAGAUCCCGAAGAAGAGUUUUUUGACGAUGAGAUUUCAAGUCUUGAACAUUAUGUUUACGAAAAUGGCUUAAGUGUAAUUAUAUUUGCGGAUUGGUAUAAUACAACAGUCAUGCGACACAUUAAGUUUUUCGAUGAGAAUAGCAGACAAUGGUGGAUACCUGAUACUGGUGGGGCGAAUAUCCCGGCCUUAAACGAUCUUUUGAAACCGUUUAAUAUAUCGUUGGGCGACUUUGUUGGAGAGGGACACUUUAAAUUAGGAGACCAUUCAAUGUAUUACGCAAGUGGGACAACCUUUCUGACAUUUCCAAAUAAUCAGGACGAUGUGGUUAUUGGGACAAACUUAAACGAUCAAGGGGAAUCGGUUAUCACAAAUGGAAAAUCACAAAAUUUGGACGUGAAACAAUUUGUACCCAUAAUGGGAUUAUUUCAAACUAAUCUCAAAUCCCGACAACCUGAAAAUAUUAAAUAUCAAAGGAACUCUCCAGUGGUUGACGAUAACCCCAAACUUUCUGAUAUAUCGUUUGACCAUGCAAUAUUAAAGAAUCGAAUUUUAUUGAAUGAGAAAAGUGAGAGGUUCGCAGAAGGUCGCAUUGCUGUCUAUGGGGACUCAAAUUGCUUAGAUUCUUCCCAUAUGGAAAAAGCAUGUUUCUGGCUUUUGACAACUAUUUUAGAUUUUGCAAUGAACUCCCACAAAUCAAUGUUAUUAGAGAAUUUAAAUCGAAUUUCGGAAUUUAAACAAAUGAAGAGCAAGCCAUUACCCAUGCGGAUAUCAAGUAGCAAUUUAAAAAAGUUUUCAAAAGUGAUAAGAUAUAUAAAAAACCCAAACUCACGGUGCGAGAAACUAGAAUGGAUAGUUGGAACAACAUUAAAUAUUAGCAAAAGGAUAGAACCUAAUCUUGAUUCUACCGAAGAAAAUCAAAAAAAUAAUAUUAUUAUUAAUAUAAAUACUGAGCUUGCCAAAAUAACUCUAGACAAUGAUAUGCGUUCUGCUGACCAAAUCGACUUUAAUAUAAAUAUAUCCGUUUUAUUUAUGAUAACACUCAGUGCAACUGUUCUCAUAGUUUUCAUACUAUUUUUAAAAGGAAAAAUUGCAUUUCAUUCGUUUAAAUAAAAUAAAAUACUACGACAUA